AUGCCGUCUCUGAUGGACCUGGGUCACGACAUUCUUGUCAUGAUCGUGGAUCUGCUGCAGGAUGCAAGUCCCAGCGCCGUCUCCUCAAUCGGGCUGGUGAACGCCUAUCUUCGAAGUAUAGCACUCUACAGCCAACACCGACUCCUCACUUUCAAAGCUACGAAAACCAGUGAGAUGUUUCACCGACUGGAAGUGGCCGAGAAGCACGAACUGUUACCGGCUAUCCGUCGCAUCGAGGUUACAGGCUUUUCAGGGUCGUCAACCUUAUCUGCCCUCUCUGCCCUCUCUGCUCUCUGCGACAUCCUUCAAAAGAUGCCAGGGCUGAGGGACUUUGUUAUUCAGAGGUCUCAUUACACUCCCCUAAAAGUGCUAAAAACGCUGCAGGAGCUGCCGCGAGUCCGUCUUCAUGCAGCAAUCAGGGAGAACCUGCACCAAACUCGUAUUAAUGCAGCUAUCGCAGCGAGAGAGAAUGUCCACAGAGUGGAAAAGUUCUACGGCUGUCCCAACUUGUAUUCCCUGGACGUUUCUUUAUGGUAUGGCUCUUCCGCCAAGGCCGCCGAAGACUGCCUCGAGAUCACGAAGCCGCUCAAGAAGGUUCUGCUGUCGUGCCCGAACCUUCGCAUCCUCGGUAUCAACAUGUGGCAGCCAGAAAACACCUGUAUCGAGGAGCAUCCACCAGCAGAAUACUGCGGGCUGGGAUUUGUCGACGGAGAGCGCCCGCCUCCCCUUGAAGAACUGAAGAUACUUGACUACCCGUUCGGCAAGCAGGACAUAGACGGCCCGGAGAAUCCAGUCCCAUAUAGGCUCAAGGAAAGCCAGAUAGGCUAUCCAAUAGCAGGCUACGAGCAGGACUACUGGGCCGACAACUUCGACUGGUCUCAGCUCAAGCGCCUGAGGAUCGGCGAUAUGCAGCUGGCCUUGCGGAUGGCGCACAAGCUGACGGCGCUCAGGGAAGUUGCGUUCAUCGGCGAAAGCCCUCCAGAGAGCAUGAAGGAGUUCUUCCCGCAGGUGCCGGCGGCGCUGGAGAGCAUCAGCGUGCAGAACCUGGCAUGCAUCGGCGCCGAAGAGAUAACCCGCCACGGCGCAACCCUGCGAAAGCUUCGUCUUCACGAGGUGGAGGGCUGGAGAAGCCCGAAGCGGCGGGAAAACAUCAUUGACGUCGAAUCAUUGAGAGCGAUCCGCGACCAUUGCCCGUUCAUCGAGGACCUCACUCUCGACAUACCGCGAGACGGCGACUGGCCCUACGAAAUGCUGGACAUUUUGGCGAGCUUUCCACGGCUCCACACCCUGAUGAUCGUCUUCGACGUGGGCGGCUCUACCGCCGAGGAUAUUAUUCGUCCGCCCGUCACAUACGCUGGCGCGCAGACAGUAUACAAGUACCUACUCAAGCACACGGCCUCACGGCUGCCGCGGCUACACGUCGUUGCCGGAUCACCGUCGAAUAUCGGACUAUGUUACGGACCGACGCCCUGGUGGCUGCCGAGCUACUCGACGUCGUUCCGCUGCGAGCUGUCGGAGCGCGACGACGAAGCAGCGCGUGGCGUCUUCUCCGUGACCUGCACCCAGCUAAGUGAUAUGGAUAACAGAAUUCUGAGGCAGGUCGUUGAGACCGGCCAGGACGGCAACGAGCUGUUUGGUUGGGGUAUAAUACCACAGGCCUUGAGCUUGGCUACACCGGCAGCCAUCGACGACCUCACCUCCCCAACACGUCCCUCAGGCGCGGGUGGCGUAAAGCAAAUCCGCACACGUCAGCUGACCUCGCACGUGCGCGCUGCGGGUCUGCCUCUCGGCGUCGACAUCCAGGACGGCUACGGGCACGGCAUCGCGGAGACGGUGAGGGACGCCGACGUGAAGAUGCGUGUGCCGAGUUGGGCGGUGGAGGUCUCGUCGCAUAGUGCGGGUGCGCCUGUAAAUUUCGCAUAUUGGGUUUGA